CAGAAAGAGAGGCAGGAAGUGGCAGACUGGGGGUUGAAAAAAUGGACCUGGACCUGGACCUGUUGUUAUCAUGAGAGUGGAGGGUCGGAUCUGCAUCUUGGAGUUGAUCACAUUACUUAUUAAUGUUUUAGAUAUUUUUCUGGUGCCUGAAUGCUGUGACAGGACAAAAUGCACUCCAGAGCGAAGUCCCGCAGCUGUGAUAACUACCUGAGUAUUAAGGACGCAGAGUCUUUGGACAACUGCAUCCAAAGCACCUUGUCUGCGCUGUACCGUCCCUUCAGUGCCACCGCUUCCACCGUGUUGUGGCAGCUCUUCAGCGUGGUGGAGAGGCAGUACCGUGGAGACGGCCUCCGCUGCCUCAUCGACUUCUUGCUUCCUGCCAAGAGGAUCCUGCAGAUUGUCCAAAAGGAGAGCUGCGUGAGGUUCAGAGGCUUGCUGUUCUAUCACGAGGGGUGGCCUCUCUGCAUUCAUGAGAAAGUGGUUGUGCAACUUGCACCGCUGCAUAAGGUUCGACUAAAGCAAGGAGACUUCUACUUACAGACAGUUCCUUUAGGGCGCAAAGCUGCAAAGUUCGUGAUAAAAUGCCUGUCUGCCAGCGGGCAGGCCAUCACAGAGAUCCCCAUUCCGGAGAGCAUGUAUGGCAGCGUCUUCACAGCUGAGUUCCUGCAGAAUGUGACACGUGACCGGAACCUGCACCCGCUACAGAACUGCCUGCUCACCACCGGUACGGCCGUGUACAGGACGCCGUGGAAGAACGUCAUCAAUCCACUAUUUCUCAGCAGCACGACGGACGCUAUCAUGCAAGCUCGCUGCAGCAGCAGAGGCAGCUUCAGGGGCCACCUCAGUACCUGCAGCACCAGCGGCUCCACCGGCACUCUGGACAGCCAUCGCAGCUCCAGAGAAUCCCUGGUCUCUCUGGGAGCUGACUCCAUCUUUUCUGAGCCCACUUCCCCAAAGAGAAACCACAGGGACUCAACCAAUGAAAUCCUAAAUGUUUGUAGAGAAACACCUGUAACACCGAACAUUAAAAUAGAAGGACAUACAGAGGAGUGUGGUAAAGAAGUAGGAGAUGAAGACGCUAGUGAAAGAAAAAGAGAAUCAGGUUCAAGUAGGCUUUCCUUCGAUUCCGACCUCAGUAAUCCAGACUUUCGCCGCCGCCCAAGAGACUCCAAUGGAAGCAGCAGGAGACGUUUCAGGGAAUCCUACAUGGAGGCCCUGCAGAACCCAAUGACUCUCGAGUCAAGCUCUGAAUCCAUUCUGGAGGAAAGCCCUGAACACAGCACUGGCUCGAGAGAGAGAGCCGUUACACCGGGGAGCAGUCCUGACACCCGCACCUCUCCCAAAGAACAUUUAACCUGGAAGUUUGGCAGCCGGAAUUGGCUGAGUGGUGAUGACUCAAGGCCCAACACGCCUCUGUUUUACCUGCAGAAGGGGUUACGGAGUGCCGAGAGGCGGGCAGACCGGCGCUCCAAGUCACUGGAGAGGACUAACAAAGCAGGCCAGGUAAAAGGUCACCGAGAGAGAUCCUCCUCUGGAGGCUCAACGAGUGUUUCUCCCAAAAAACUGAUAAACGGUUACUCACUUCGCUUUGGGAAGCUGGAUGUGGAGGCUGUGCUUCCUGGAAAUGAGAGGAGAAGCAGCAAAGAGGACUCAGGUCAGUAUAUUGACGGCAUCAGCAAUGACGUCAGACGGCUUAAAACAACUGUUGAAGAAUCACACAAUCCCAAAGCUGCAAAUGGGAUGACCCAAAGCCCGGGUUCUGCUCAAAACUCCUUCUGUGAUUAUAAUUCAGUCUUUCCGAAACUAAUAUCAGAAAUCAGUAGGGAGCUGCUUACUUCAGGGGCUGUGACCUUGCCAGGAAACAGAGACCGUGGGGGGAGACCAGUGAUUCAGGUGUGCACAAGAGCUCAGGUGUGGGCGUGUGAGACAUGCACAGUCAGCAAUGUAACGUGUUUACUGGGCUACUACCACUCAACUCUGAGGAAAGAAAGGCGUGAUCAAGGUCUGGUUAUUGUAAUAGACAGCAGAAGGCAGCAGCCUCUCCCAACUCUGUUGUCAUCUCUGUUUGAAUUUCAGGCUUUAGUACCAAAUGCACUUUACUCAGUUCUGCUCUUGGUGGACAAAGAUGGAUCAACCAAAUUGGACAGAGACAUCGGUGUACAGACUGAGACAAUUUCAUCCCUGAAGGCGCUGCUGAAGCACAUCGACCAAACCCAGCUGACACGAGACCUGGAGGGCACCUUUCAUUACGACCACAACCACUGGAUCAGCUUCAGACAAAAAAUUGAACCCUUUGCCAGCAGCUGUAGUGCCGCCAUCGGCUUCCUUCAGGAGUCUAUCAGAACUCUCAGUGUAGCUGCAGACCUCAAGACCUCGAAGGAGGUGUCUGAAGUGUUAGAACAGCAGCAGCAUCUCAUGAAGGGUGUACUCGAUGAUACCCACCUAAACAGACUGCGUCUGGAAGGAGGAACUGUACUCGCCCGCAUCAGGAAGGAGGAACCUUGUGAGAAUGAAAACUACAGAGAUGCAGUUGAGAUGUUGAAUGCACUGUACAACCAGGUGGAUGAAGAAGUUCAUAAACUUGUGAUCCUGUCCAACAAGUCACAGAAAGAGUUGGAGAAUCUGCUGGAGGUUCACAAGUUUGAGGAGCAGACACAACAGACAAAACGCUGGUUUAGCAUAGAGGGUGAGAAGCAGCUUCUACCUCUGGAAUCUGUAACUCUGUCUAUGGACAAAAUAAAAGAGAUGAGAGAGAGUUUGGAGCAGUUUCUGGAGGAGUCGGAGCACCAGGCGAGGCUUCUGAAACAGUAUCCCAAGUCUCUUCCAGACUCAGCUGUAUCCAACUCUAAACAACAUAUGGGGUCUGUCUUAAGCAGAGUACAGGAGAGGAAGGCCAAGUUAGAAAUCCUAACAAACCUGUAUGAGUUCUAUGACUUGGCACAGCAGUGGAUAGAGCACUGUCAGGAUUAUUUCCAUCAGCUCAGCUUGGACGACUCAGAUCAAAGAUUUUCACCGUCUGUGGUGAAAAUCUUGCAGGACUACUGCACAGAAGCAUCUAAAUUCUCCUUGGACAACUUCAGCACUCUCAAUAACAUGGUGCUCUCUCUGGCGUGCCCCCAGCAGCUACAGCAGUGGAGCUCCGUGUGGCAGAAAUGUCAGCAGACCAAAAGGCAGCUGGAAGGGACCUUAGCUCGAGUUUUGUUGUCAGCCCAGAACUCUAAUACUGUCAAUAUAGAGAGUUCCUCACUGACUGCAGAGAGUUACGUGGUGCCCCCAGAACUACCUGCAGCUAAUGGAGGUGUGCACUUGCCUGGAGCUAUUACUUCACUCUCAUUUGAGGAUAGUAAAAGUCUCUCUGCUGAACCGUUUUCCAGGAGCCCAUCUGGCUCGAUCUCAUCUCCAUCGCGCUUCACUUUCCCCACCGACAGAGAGAACAAGCUGGGGCAGAGCUCAUGCACUCUCGAUGACACAGACAGCGACUGCACCAUCGACUCAAACAUCUCCUGCCACUCAGAGCCCGUAUAUUCCAAGGCCACACGGCUUCGAAAGCACCCAAUGAAGAAGAUCAUGAAGAAGACGAUGAGCUACGAGCUGACCCCGAGAGAAGGUGGACACUCUGAUGUCAGCCACAUUCACGGCUACACGGGGGUCUACAUUAAAGGUUUGGAGGUCACAAAUAACAUGUCAGCAGAGAAGAAGCUGCUGAGACCCGAAGUGACGAGUCCUGCUUUAGGACGCAGCCGCAGCAUGUCCACCCCUUCGAGGACGCACAACAGACGCAGUGAAGGAGAUGGCAAAAAACAGAGCAGCAAAGUUCAGCACAUCAUGGAUGAAAUGAUUUCCACAGAGAGGGAAUAUGUUCGCUCUCUCAGCUACAUCAUUGACCACUAUUUCCCCGAGAUGGAGCGCCUCGACUUGCCUCAGGACCUGCGUGGGAAGCGCAGCAUCAUUUUUGGGAACCUGGAAAAACUGUGGGACUUCCACAGCCAGUACUUCCUAAAGGAGCUUGAGGCAAGCGCUCACUCCCCGCUGAGCAUCAGCAGCUGUUUCCUGCGACAUGAGGAUCAGUUUGGAAUGUACGCUCUGUACAGCAAGAAUAAGCCACAGUCUGACGCCUUGCUCAGCAGCCAUGGCAAUGAGUUCUUCAAGAAUAAGCAGCUGGAGCUUGGAGACAAGAUGGAUUUGGCGUCCUACCUACUGAAGCCCAUUCAGAGGAUGAGCAAAUAUGCACUGCUGCUUAAAGACCUGAUAAAGGAAUGCAGCUACUCUCAGGAGCAGGAGCUGAGUGACCUCCGCACUGCAGAGGAGAUGGUGAGGUUUCAGCUUCGUCACGGGAACGACCUGCUGGCUAUGGAUGCAAUCCGUGGCUGUGAUGUGAACCUGAAAGAACAGGGUCAGCUCCGCUGCCAGGAUGAGUUCAUCGUUUGGUGUGGACGCAGGAAAUACCUUCGCCAUGUCUUUUUGUUCGAGGACCUCAUCCUGUUUAGCAAGACCAAAAAGAUAGAGGGAGGAUACGACAUUUACAUCUAUAAACAGUCCUUCAAAACCGCAGAGAUAGGUAUGACGGAGAAUGUUGGAGACAGCGGCCUUCGUUUCGAGAUCUGGUUCCGUCGCAGGAAGUCCCAGGACACGUUUAUACUCCAGGCCAGUUCGGCUGAGGUCAAGGCAGUGUGGACAGCUAUUAUUGGGAAGAUCCUCUGGAGGCAGGCCCUCAGAAACAGAGAGCUGCGAAUGCGGGAGAUGGUGUCCAUGGGGAUUGGAAAUAAACCCUUUAUGGACAUUAAGCCCAGUGAUGCAGCCAUCAGUGACAGAGCCAUUGACUACAUCAUGAAGGGGACAGAGUGUCGGACGAGGGCGUCCAUCGCGGUGUCGUCGUUCGAGCACUGCGCUGCAUUUAAGAGGCCUCACUCCACCAUCUCCAACAGUAGCAGCUCCUCCUCCAGCAGCCAGUCGUCCUCUUCCCUGCUGGGCUCACUCAACCUCCACCUCUACUCCUCGCCGUCCCACCCACACCAGUACCCGAUGGGCAGUGUGGCCUCCUUCGCCCAGUGGCCAUAUGACUGCAUAGAGGAGGACGAGCUGGAGCAGGACAUCGGGAGCAGCCAGCCCUCCAUGAUUACUGAAAGCUCAGAGACUUCCUCCUCCAAGUGCAACUCCAGUGACAGCGUGACUGGGCUGAGCACCCUCACCAUUCCCGGACCCCCCAGCGUCUUCAUGGAGACAUUCAACAACAACGAGGCUUCUGAUUUCCUCUGCUCCUCCACACCUAAUCCAUCCAUCGCCUCCGUGUCGAUGUUUCACAAAGAUGAAGACCUCCAACCGCAGGGCACCAAGUUCAUCACAGCGAAAGCAGCCUCUCAUGUAGCGGUCGGCCUCACUACAGUGGUCUGACUGGUGGGGUGUAACUCUUUGUGAAGUUUUCAAGACGGCCAGCGUAUUUCACACCAGAGAGAAGAUGGAAAUAAGGGCGAGACGAUUUUUUGGAGCACUAAGACUUUAAGAACGAAACUCAACGCAGAAAAAGGCAUUUAUUAUGAUACUGUAAAUCAUUGUCACUAACACCUGAUAUAUAUAUAUAUAUAUAUAUAUAUGUCCAUGUCAUGGUACGCCACCGGUCUGUACAUUUGAUUUAACAAGAUAGUUAUGUGGUUAUGUGUUUAUAUUGUAGAUGUAUUUUACAAAUAACGUAGCAGACACUUUCAGACAAUGCUUCAGUGCUGUAUUCUUGUGACUUCUGAGUUACGACAAGUUUGUACAGAUUAAUAAAAAGCUUAAAGCUCCGACACAUUGAA